AGUACAGAAAAGCACAACCACGCUCAAGUUUUGUGUUUUGCUUUUGUUGUUACCUGCAAAAGAGGAACUACUUGUUGAUUAUGAAAUGUAAAAUUAAUGUAACUGCUGUAGAAUCAACCUUUUUUGCUUUCCUGCGAGGGAAUGCAUAUCUAUGAUAGAUUGGCAACCGUAUUACUCAUUUUUGAAAAGAAAAAGACUUGUUUCGCAAAAUUUAGUUCGGGAAUUGAAUGUAAGAUCAACUACUUAUUCACUUGCGAAUCUAGAAAUUGAACUUCUUUUCAACUAGCAAAGAAAUUUUAUAAUAAUUCUAGUUCUAGCAAAGCCAAAAAGAAAAACAAAAUGAUGAUGAAAAUGUCGGCUGGCAAAAGGAAAAGCAAAGCGGAUUGGGACAAUAUGACACGGAGAGGGAGAGGACCGAUAUAUACAGGUGCUGCGAUUUUUCGCUCGACAUUGUGCGCGUUCGUCUUAUUUGUCGAAUCCUCCCAGUGUAUGGAUCAGGCUGGUUCGGCGCAGCAUGGUCUGCGGUACUAUAGUGGUAGCUCAGUUGCUGCAGAUUCCUCUGCAAGCAGCGAAACGGCGGAAGCGGCCCAAGCAAGGAUCCGGGCCGAUGCUUUGGGACUUUUUGUUGAAGGUGAGCGCGACAUCGCCGAGUACCUGGGAAAGGGAUCGGACGGGACCCUUGCGUUUGGAAGUGUGGCGCGGGGCCUCGGGAAGCGCGGCCUGCGCGAAACGCUGCGCGCGCAGCUGCAGGAGUGGAAACGUGUCGGGUUCCCUGAAGGAGUUGGUGCCGGAAAUUUCUACGACCCUCUUGUUUGGAAUGUGUUAAAGCCGGGCUCCGAUGAAAGGCAGCAGGCUUUCCAGAAUAAGAGCAGAAUUGAGAUUUUACUAGAAGAGCUAGACGAAGCCAGGAGGAAUCGGGACAACCAAAUGCGUGACCUAAUCGAUAGGCGUCUCGGGGAGGGGAAUAAUAAGUGGCAUUUGCUUACGAGGGCGGAGAAAACGGCUGGGAUGGAGGACGUUCUGCGUUCCCUUCACCUCCUGCUAUCGUUUGUGGUUCAUGUGGAUCCGGUUGCGGCAGGGGAACAAAUGGGGGUCGUGGAGCAGUCGACCACGGGUUAUGUGCGUGCGCCGCCGCCGCGUCUCUGGUUGCGCGACCUCCCUGUGGCCCUGCGCGGACGGGUUGCGGAGGCUAUGACUCACUACCUGAAAACCCAAGCGGAAUUCGAGGCGAUGGAGAUGUUCUUGGUGGAUAACAAUUUGCCGGCAAGUUUGUACAAUGGUAUGUCUCGAGAAAUCCAUGCGUUCCACCUUGGGGACUUUUCCGCGGCUGCUAGCCUAGAGCUAAGUGUAACCGAGCCAGACUUAAAGAGGCGACCUAUUGGUUGGUUUUCGUUCUGGGUACUUCACAAGCUAGAAGCACUCCUGCUGUUUGGCUUCGGGGCAGAGGAGCGCGCGAUCGAUGCACUAGCUUCAGGCGGGGCUGCCGCCUCUGAGUCUGCGAGGGACUCAGAAGGUCCGUUUGAGGAAGGCAAAAGAGUGUACCAAGCAGUGCUGCAAUCCGUUCUCGAGUUGCCAGAGAAAAAUGAGUUGUACUUCCUCAACGCCACGAAAUCGAGCCUUUUCGCCCGGUACCAAGAUCUGCUGACGACCGUGGUGGCAGUUCACGUGACGAACCCGAAGACCUUGCAGAAGGUGCUAAAUCGGUUUCUAAAGCUGGCUGUUGGCAAGGCUGCUCCUCUGGUGCAGAGGGCUCCUCCUCUCGGUGCAGAACGUUCCGAAGCAACCGCACCGGAAUCGGCACCGGGCGAAAGCGGCGGUGGCAAGGCUGCUCCUCGUGAAAUUAAAGCGGAGCUCACGCUCAGCAUGCUGAAGUCGGUUCGCUUCAUCCUCCAGCAGCGCUUGCUGCACGUCCUGGUACGACCCAGGCUGGAGACGUCCAGGUACCUCAGCGGCAGAGAGGGGGCGCCGCACAUAGUUCCGCGCCUGAAUAUUGACAAUGGUGUUGAAGCGCAGGUCCGAGCUGCGAUCUGGCGGGUGCUGGCGACGAUUAAGUACGUCGCAAACCUGGAGAAAGACCUGUUGACAGCACAUGUUACAGACAGAGGAGGACCAGGACCGUUUGAAGAAGCGCGCACGAGACGUUAUCGAGAGUACGAGACUGAUUUGCAGUUGCUGCAGCCUUACGGGCCAGUAGACACGCACGAAGAAGCAUUGGCCCGGUGCGUUCCUGUAGAAGCUGGGCUGGUUGCAUUUUAUGAGAGCAGCAGUAUGCUGCAGGCGCCGAAUUACGCGAUCAGGGACCCCGACCUGAAUUUCUGGAGAUCCGCCUUAUUCCUGUUCUACGGCCCGUAUCAGUUUUGCAGCGUUCUCCACCUCGACAGGGAGCGGAGCGCCCCGCAUCCUAAGCUCGGUAUGGAUUUAGCCGAGAAAGUCCUUUCUUUGAUGGAGCGGGCGUCCCCGGGUGGAAACCGCAUCCUCGGCGCACAGAAACAGUACAUGCGCCCAGACCUGUACGUUUCGGGUGUUUUGGAGCACUUAUUCGUACCUCUGGACGAGCGCAUUACUUCCAUCAUCCUGCAUCUUGGCACCUUGGGAGCAGCCCAAGCGCUUAGAACACCACAGAUCUCAGCUGGCGGGAGCGGCGUUCUGUCAGCAGCAGCAUCCGGAGCGACCUUGUACCCCGAAGGGACAGCCGCUGGGACGAAGUUUGAAAUCCUAGGACAUCUAGGGCAAACCUUGAUGAAAAUUCCGCAGACGCUUUUCUUUGGCGCACUUAGUACAAACAGGUAUAACCGUCGUGCUGCAGCAAGAGGGACUGGCCGUGACGUGAUCGAUUUUUCGCAGCCCCUCGUGCGCCAGAUCAUCUCCAUCCUGGAGAAGGCGCCGCAAGGCACCAAGCAAAUUGUCGCAAGACCGUUGCUGCAAAUCGCAGAAGUAUUCAUGCGCGAGCAACCCGCAGAGCGACCGCGAUGGUAUACUGUCAUGGAGGAGAGUGCGAAAAACGGACGCAGCAUGAGAUCCUGGGUGAACCGCUUCAUGGAUAUUAUCAAGGGCACGGAAAAUUGGAUAAACCCGGACGACAUCGACGUGGAGAGUCUCACCUCGGACAUGGAGCGUGGUGCACGGCUGGUCGUCGACCAGCUUCUGCGCGCUUUGGCAACCAGCUGCGAGGACGAAGCGACUUCCCAGCUGAAGAGGACGGAGCGAAUCCGGGACGGUAUCGACACAGACAAAAACGUACUCCGCCUUUGCGCACACCGCAUUCGAACGCUGAGUGCGUGGGUGAAAAAUCAAGCAGCUCCAAUUCGUUUCACGUCUUCUCGGCCAGAAAAGAAAAUAGAUUUCAAUGCGGUGGCACGGAAGAUCGAAACUGUGGUCGCUCGAAUACAACAUGACGAGCAGCAGAACCGCAAAUGCAAGAGAAAAAGAGGGCUUCUAUCUUCGAUCUUCGGUUGCGGAGAACGGAACAAGAACAACAAAAAGCCUAAGACGCAAUAGACGUAGAAAUAGAGAGCGUGGUCAAAGAACUGUUUCCGAUGUAAUGAGAACGAACCGGACCACUGCAUAAAUACACCUUUUUCUUUGUGCGUGAUGAUCAUGGCGAUGAUUCGGAUUGUUCCGCAUAAAUACCUUUCUCGGGGAAGCUUUUACUGCGGCCUUGAAUAAGAGAAAGACGCGACGUAGUCGACUGUUGCAACCGAGAAGUGGACCUCUAAAACUGAAACUGUUUUUUGGCAGCUGCUAUUUUUUGCAGCGUCUGCGACUACUACUGGACUCGCAUAUUCACAAGUUUAUUUGGUUUGUUGUGUAUAUUUUUAUUUUCCCGUACCCGUUGCAAUUAUUACGAUGACGGGUUGCUUGGAUAUAAAGUAGAUUUUUUUGAAAGAUAUUGUAGAAUUUACUUAUUGCAAUUUCCAUUAACACAGCUGAUUCACUGUAAGAUAUCGCCACGUCGCCCAGUGGCGAGAAGAAAACUUUCGGCGAAAGUGAGGAAAUUCAUGUAGGAUCACUUGAGUGUCCAAGCUGACGAACCGUAACUGUGUAAAACACCUUUGUACGAUUUUCAUGUAAAAUAUCAU